AUGAAUAGUAAUAAAUUUAUUGAUUCAAAAAAUUUAUCAAGUAGUGUUGAUUUUGAUUAUAACUAUCAUAAUCAUUAUAGUAAUAGUAUUAAUAAUAAUAAUAGUAUAAAUAAUAAUAUUAACAAUAAUAAUAAUAAUAAUAAUAAUAAUAAUUUAAAACAAACUAGAAUUAGUAUAAGUGGUAGUAAUGUAAAUUUAAAUAGUAGUAUGGAUUCUAGUAUGAUAAUGAAUAAUUUAAAUUAUAGAAAUAGUUUUAAUAAUAGUUUUAACAAUAUCAAUAGAAUAAUAAAUGUAAAUAAUAAUAAUAAUAAUAGUAUAACCAAUAAUAUUAAUAAUGUAAAUAAUAAUAGUAUAAACAAUAAUAUUAAUAAUAUUAAUAAUAUUAAUAAUGUAAAUAGUGUAAAUAAUAGUAAUAGUAGUAGUAAUAGUAAUAUUAGUAAUGGCAAUAAUAGUAUUAAUAAUAAUAAUAAUAAUAAUAAUAAUAAUAAUAAUAAUAAUAAUAAUAAUAAUAAUAAUAAUAAUAAUAAUAAUAAUAAUAAUAAUAAUAAUAAUAAUAGUAGUGCUAUUAUUAGCAAUAAUAUUAAUGAUGAUGAAAAAGUACUACCAAAUAUAUCAAAUUCAAAUGUUAGGAGAUUUGAAAAUGAAGAUAAUAUAAAUGAAAGUAGUGGUAAUUUAUCAUCAAUGGAUUCAACACAAUUAAGUAAUAAUGAUAUAUUAAAUGGUCAAAUGGCAAGUUUACAAAGAGAUGUAGAUUAUUUAAAACUUCAAUUAAAGAAAUCAAAUAAUGAAAAGAAUUUAUUAGAAUUUAAAAAUCAAUUAUUGUUAGAUAUGUUAACAUUAAGUACAUUAGAUGUUAAAUAUUUUGAAAAUUUAGAGAAACAGUGGGGAAGGAAUCCUCAAUAUCAACAAUAUCAACAAUUUUCCUCAACAUUUAAUAAUGAUCAAUUUAGAAAUCAAAGAUCAAAUCAUAAUAUUAUUAAUAAUAAUAAUGGUAAUAACAAUGUUAAUAAUUAUAAUGCUGAUAAUGAUUCAAUAUAUAACCAAAAUUAUGAUAAUGGUGAUAUUGACAAUACUAAUAUCAAUGAUGAUGAUAAUAAUAAUAUAAAUCAAAAUGGUACUGAUAAUUUUCUAUCAUCUGUAAUAACACCACCUAUAUCAACUCCAUUACAAUCAACACAACCAAUACCAAAAGCUCAAAUACCAUUCGUAUCACAAUCAAGUUAUAAUAAUAGUUUUUGA